UUUUCAGGUGCACUUUGACCUUAAGCCAGAGACGCUACCUUUACCUGGCCCCCUGAUGGGUUGGGAUCAUGGACAAGGGCAUGAUUUUUGAGUCUACCACAGCAGCAGAUGGAGACAGUGCGAAAGUCGACAGAUGAAGCACCAAGAUAAACAUGGCAGAGUCCAGCUCAGUUCUCCUUGUGUGUGAUCAGUAUGCCACAUCUAAAGAAGACGACGUUUCCACCAUGAACCGACAGGUGGUUCAAAUCCUGACAGGAGCAGGGAGGAAAGUGUACUGUCUGGUGUUGGAGGAUACAGAGGAGGACAGAAAGUGUGCUGAGGCUGAUGGAGUGGAGCUCAUCCUCCCAACCUGCAAAGAAGGAGACACAAGAAAACAUUGUCUGGAUUGGCUGACCUUUGACCACCACAUCCGCUAUCCCAGACUCCCACAGGAUAUAGGGUGGAUUGUGGGCCAUGCUGAUGUCACUAGCCGAGCAGCAGCAACUAUCAUGGAAGAGCGUUUUCCCCAAGCAAGCAUCAGUAUUGUCACCCAGACUAUACCUGAAGACACAGAGAAGUACAAGGAAGAGGAGAAGGCCAUGGGCAUUGGGAAGAAGGAAGACUCUAUCAGACAAGAUGCAGAGAAGGCAAAAACUCUGUUUUCUGUCGGACACAGAACACAUGGCCACCUCACAAACAGUAUUCGUGCAAUUCCCAAAGACAAGAGGCCAGUUCACAAACUCUUUCUUCCAGAACCAUCCAAGAUAUUUCAGGAAACCACAGUUGAGUAUGUAGAGAGCAGGGAGAAAGUUGUUCUGUUGAUCAGUAGGGUUAAAGAAGUAGGGAAGCUGAAAGGUCUUGACUUUGUAGCAAAGUCCUUGGCAAGGGUGGCAAAGAGAAGUCACGAAAGAAUCCAGCUGCGGAUUCGUGGUGUCAGUGAAGAGGAGUAUCAGGCCAGUAUGAACAGUCUCCAAACCAGCAUCAACUCAGGAAAACUGAUCCCCACACUUCUCCCACACGGCACCCAGGAAGACAUCUGCCGAGACAUGCAGCAGGCCCACCUGGUUCUCAUGCCCUCCCGCACAGAACCCUUUGGUCUGGUUGGUCUGGAGGCCAUGGCAGCUGGCGUACCAGUCCUCAUAUCUGACCAAUCAGGACUUGCAACCUUAGUCAAUGAGGUCGUACCAGAAUUCCACCACUCUGUACUUGCCAUCACAGGUAAUGAUUCUACAGAUGUCACACAUUGGGCAAAUCAGAUUGAGAAUGUUCUGAGGAUGUCUAAAGCCGAGUUCAGUAGGGCUGCAGAACUGAAGAAAAGACUCCUGGAGUCCAGAUACUGGGAAGAGUCUCAUCGGUGCUUCCUCCAGGCAUGCGGAGGGUCAGGUACUGAGGCACAUCAGCCUGCACAAGUCCAGAAGAGAAAGAGAGAGAGAGAUGGGACUGAGGACACCAAUGGGGACAGGAAAGCAUUGAAGUUUGAUCAGCAAGUAAAGUUGUCCAUAACAGUGGCAGACAGUAUUUCCUCGGAAGGAAAAAGAAUUCUCCUCAGUAAGUUAGAAGUUAUGAUCACAGAAGAUGUACAGAGUGAGGCAGUGUUCAAUGAAAGAAUGGAGAUGUAUAAACAGCUGAAGUCUGAAGUGAAAGAUAACACUAUUAGUGAAGAAGGAAAGAAGACCCUUUUAAACAUUAUAAACAAGCUAUUCACAAGAACUGUGUUGCAUGAUCAGCAAAGGUUCAAAGAGACAAUGAAAAGACUUCACAUGUUAAAGGCUGAAAUAAGGGAGCUAUGUGAGGGAUGUGUUCUCUGUAAGCUAAGGUUCUACCAUAGGGACAGUCAGGUAGAGUUUGUGUCAGCUUGUAGAGAUGGAACCCUGUCAGCCAUCCUGACUGAGGAGUACAUCAGCCAGGAGUUGGUGGAGAUAUGUGGAGGGAUGCCACUCCAUGUGCACAUUGAGGUUGAUGAGGAAGACUUUCAGAGGGGAGCAGACUUAGUAGCACCUGCCAAAGGUGAUCAGCACAGAUCCACAGGUGUGCAGGUUGAACAGGUGACAUCACAGCUGGGCUUGCUGCACACUUCCAUUCAACCUACUGGAUAUGGCACAGCUGCAAGCAUCUUGUCUGAGGAUGACAGGACAUCUUCUGCUUUUAAGAUUACAGAGGAUGAAUAUCCCCAAGUCAACUUGAAUCUCAUCCUUGCUGAACUGAACACAUCUGCAGUAAAGAGAAACAAGUCGCAGCAGUUUGACCUGUACUGUCAGAUAGGAGAUUUCUACAGGACAAAACUACACAACUUACAGUCAGCUCUGCAGUAUUACCAGAACAUGUUGCAGUGUUCUCAGGAACUGUCAGAAGACACAAAACAAGCCAAGGCAUACAGCAGACUUGGUCUAACCUAUGGUAUGUUAGGUAAGCAACAAGAGGCUAUAAGAUACCACGAGAGAGCAUUAAGUAUCCACAGAAUUAAGUUAGAAAGAUUUACUAAUAUUUGUGUAGCUUACAAAAACCUGGCCUCAUCAUUAGCACUGUCAGGUCAAGUGUUAGAUGCAAAAAUUAACUAUGAAUCAGCCUUGGCUGUUGCCAUGGAGACAGGAAACAAGACUGAACAGAUGGACAUUUACUGUGAGCUGGGUGAUUUACACAGGGAACAGCUACAUGAACCACAGGAAUCACACAAGUACUACACAAAGAUGUUGGCACUAGCCAGGGACUUGGGGAGGAAGGACAAGAAGAGUCAGGCUUACAACAGACUUGGACUGGCCCAUUAUGACAUGGGGGAGCAUGGAAAAAGUUUGGAGUGGAACAAGAAGAACCUGAAGAUGAGCCAAGAAAGUGGAGACAAGAUUGGACAGAUAACAGCACAUAAAAACAUAGCUGUUUCCUACAAGGCACUGGGUAAACUGGACCUGGCCAGAUCUCACUAUCAAUCAGCAAUGACCAUCGCCAUGGAGACAGGAAACAAGACUGAACAGAUGGACAUUCACUGUAAGCUGGGUGAUUUACACAGGGAACAGCUACAUGAACCACAGGAAUCACACAAGUACUACACAGAGAUGUUGGCACUAGCCAGGGACUUGGGGAGGAAGGAAGAGGAGGGGCUGGCUUACAACAGACUUGGACUGGCCCAUUAUGACAUGGGGGAGCAUGAGGAAAGUUUGGAGUGGUACAAGAAGAACCUGAAGAUGAGACAAGAAAGUGGAGACAAGACUCAACAGAUAACAGUAAAUCAAUGUCUAGCUGCUUCCUACAAGGUACUGGGUAAACUGGACCUGGCCAGAUCUCACUAUCAAUCAGCAAUGACCAUCGCCAUGGAGACAGGAAACAAGACUGAACAGAUGGACAUUUACUGUAAGCUGGGUGAUUUACACAGGAAACAGCUACAUGAACCACAGGAAUCACACAAGUACUACACAGAGAUGUUGGCACUAGCCAGGGACUUGGGGAGGAAGAAAGACGAAGGGAAUGCUUACAACAGACUUGGACUGGCCCAUUAUGACAUGGGGGAGCAUGAGGAAAGUUUGGAGUGGAACAAGAAGUACCUGAAGAUGAGACAAGAGACUGGAGACAAGACUGGACAGAUAACAGCACAUCAAAACAUUGCUGAUUCCUACAUGGCACUGGGUAAACUGGACCUGGCCAGAUCUCACUAUAAAACAGCAAUGACCAUCGCCAUGGAGACAGGAAACAAACAGCAACAGGAGGACAUUUCCAAGGAGCUGGCUAAUCUGUAACAAUACAGAACUGGUAACAACUUUACAGUACAAGACAAUAAAACUGUAUAAAGUAAAAUGACUAAACUUGUUUAAUGACAAUAUACAGGUCAAUAUACUAUUUACUAGUACGGUAUUUCAAAAAUGGAAGCUGCUUUAAUUUUGCAGUAAAUUUACAAGUCACCAGAAACAGCAUUUUGCUGUUUAUAUGUACAUAUUGUAAAUGCUAUCUGUAUUGCUGUGGUAUCUGGGACACAAUAUCAUGUUGAACCUAUACUACCUCACCUUUGUUGUAAAUAACACAUCAGGAUAGACCUUAACAAUACUGUUAAAGAGAAAAGGUAAACGGUAUUCUCAAGAUUCAGACACUGUACUACAUGUAUGUAGAAUUGAUUAUAAAACAAAAGAAACUCCAGUCCACAAGUCAAAAGAUGACAUAUAUUGAUAUUCAUCAUCAAGGUUGACAAAAGAGGUUACGGUACACAAAAACAGAUGUAAAACAAAAUUAAUUGGAUCCUGGCUGCUUACAAUGUAGUGAGAUAUGACAUGGCUUUAGAAAAGAGUAGAGCACACAUGCUGUAUUAAACAAGAUCUGACAUUUCUUUCUAGAAUUCAAUGAAAUUUUCAAUAAUUUACACUCUAAACUGCAUCAGAGUCUCCCAUUGGUGUCUGUUUACCUUUUAUUAUAGAAAUUCUUAUUGACAAGUUGAUCAAUAUGGUUGAUAAAUUUAUCAAUAUCGUUGAUCUUAAAUUCGAUGUUAUUUCAGCACCAAGGACAGGGUUGGGUACUCUAACAACUAGAAAAAAGUACCAA